CCACGGAUUGUGUGACAACGACCGAGUUAUCUCGCGGCUCGCUUUCCAAUUUAUUUCCAAUUUAUUUUGUGUAAAAGUGAAAACUUUCGCGUCGACAUGCAUUGAUCGUACGAGUGCAAGACAAACUCUUUAUCGACAAGCGCGGAACGCUUGAAAUUUCCGUAAAAACGUGCAAUAAUUUUAUUACGCGUUAUUCAGGUUAAUUGCAAAUUACGGAAUUUGUAGGAACGUUACGCGCACCUCACGGAAUAUUUUCCGGACGAAAAGCGACCACUCUUCGGUGGCUCCUUUUUCGUUUAAUUAAUCGCGACUUUAAACUCGCCGCGUUGCGCGAACGCGGCCGCUUUAAUUUUCUCCUAACAACGUUCAUAAAUCCACGAAUAAAAUUCUGGUAUCCGCGGCUCUCACAAUUAGCGUAAAAGUACCGAGAGUUAACUUCGGCUGUAACAAUUGUUUAACGACGUAAUCACAUUACGGAAAAAAAGAAAAAGCGAUUAAACAUUAAUCGCUGCAGCUCGAUCAAUAUUUGUGGAAUCUCAAACAUUCGUUUAUUUGGUGCUUUUCAAGAAAAGAAGAAACUUUCUAGAACAUGUCUCGCAUUCCUGAAACUAAGUUGAAACUAUAGUUAAAAGUCCAAUUCACAGUAACGGGACAAUUCUGAAAACUCACUUUUUCAUUUCGCUUAAUGUAUAGUAACUAGAGGUAUUUAAUCGAGCAGAAAAGUUCGGUUGGGACAGCGAAGAGCAUCCAAAGACCAUCUUAUGAAUGGCUGGCAGAUUGUGCCACGUACCACCAAACUGAAUUAUUCUUGUGACAAAGUGCUCUUCAAAUCGCUAACAGAGGAAGCUUUAUGUCACUGUCAGUGCCAUGCCGCUUAGAACAGAGACUUCGUCGAGGGACAUCCUUAAUGCUCUCGCACAACCGGAGGAACGGAGUCGUACUGGGAGAUACGUCGCAGGCGGGACUGCUCUCGCGGUUAUGCUGCUCGCGCUGCACCAUCUGCUUCUACGGGGUGCAUCCACGGGGUCCAUAGCUGGGGUGUGCAUACCCGCCGUCAUAAUGGCCUCGUACAUUAUCUGGGUGCUGUACUCCGCCCGCAGGGACAGGCGAAAGGCGCUGAGGCUCGCCACGGCGAUACAGCUGACUGAAGUCAUCAGCGUCCCUACCAGACCCAAACCCGAUGUUAUUUGCAAAGAUGUCACCAGCAAUUUGGGAAGAGAUCCGCUGGAUUCUUACAAACCACAGAACGUUCGCGAAAAUCUCGCUUUUUCCAGCAAGGAUGAAGCAUGAGAAUUGAAAAUCGAUAUUCAGACAAAUGUGCCUCGGAUUAACUUUCGUUGGCGAAUGCUCAAAGACACCGUAUUGUUAAAUCCAUGACGUUAAGAACACAUUUCUUAAAAAUUUUAUAUAACAUAUG